AUGACUUACACUGUCAACGCCUCCUUGAUGAAGAGCAGUAACUCCAUUCUGAAUAUGAUCAACACCGUCAGCGCCUCCUUUAUGAAGAGCAGUACCUUCAUUCCAAAUAUGAUCAACACUGCCAACGGCUCGAAGCAUCGGCGUAAUUUGGUAUGCGGCUUGGACUACCCACGUGACAUAGUCGUCCUUCAUUCCAUAACACGUGAUCGUCUCACACCAAACCUGGGCCACUUCUCGUUGAAGUUGGAUACCUAUCUCGGAGUCAAUGCUAUACAUUAUCAGUUUGACGGACAACUACUUCCAGGACCAACGGGGAAAGUUCCCUGGAUCGAAAAUAAUGGCGUGACGAUGGGAGACUCACAGUUUAUCAUACAGUACCUAGAGAAAGAGUUCACGGUGAAUCUGAACUCUCACCUGUCUCCAAGUGAAAGGGCUCUAGCCUGGGCCAUACAGAAGUGGCUGGAGGUGUUCACAUAUUGGUUGAACGUGUAUACACGAUGGGUGAUUUUAGUUAACGAUAUGUUUAAAAUGCAGUCAUCUUUCCCCGCUGGGCUGAAAAAACUUCUUGGCAGAAAGAUAACAUCAAUGUCGUAUGCUGUUGGAAUAUGUCGCAAUUCAAACGAAGAAGUGCACGCGAUGAUGGCCAACGAUUUAAAGCUGUUUUCGGCAAUGCUAGCCGACCGGAAAUAUGUAAUGGGAGACCGGAUAUGCGACGUUGACUGCGCGGCGUUCGGUAUCCUGUCCCAGGUCUGCUGGUGCACGCCGUCGGCCUGUACGGGAGCUGCUUUGCUACAAGGUGGUGAAUUGAAGAAUGUCACAGACUACAUGGACAGAAUAAAGAACGAGUUUUGGCCCGACUGGGAAGAAAUAACAAGUCACGCGGCACAAAAAGCUUGA